AUGUUGUAUCUCGAGGAUUUCCUGGAAUUACUUGAUCAGUUACCGGGUGAGUUGAGAGACAGAAGCACCGAAGUUCGAAUGUUGGACCUGCGAGCGCAGCAAUUGCAUGAGCGCGCGAACAAAGAAAGAGAUGAGUUCUUCGCUACAGGUGGUACUCUCCCCCAGGAUAUUAAAGUGAAGCGCUACAAUGAGAUCUUGGAGCUUUAUGCGCAGGCGAAAGCUCUUUCGGCCGAAAAAGUAGCAAUCUUGGAUGUUUGCCACUCACUACUGCUGAAAUAUAGUCAAAAGUUAAAUAAGGAAAUACUGCACUUUAAACUUGAACUUGAAGCUGAUAAUCCUGGCAUCACUGAACAGAUCGAAAGAAGAAGACGCAGGUAUCGGGAAGCCAAUGCUAACCCUGCAGGCAUGAUAAAUGGAAACUCAAAUGCACUGUCCGAAACAUCGAGUACUGGUUCUUCUCGUGGACAACGAGGACAGUUAAAUGACACAUGCGAUGGAUUGGAUCUGAGUACUCAGACGCAGCAAAGUGGAAGUCAUUCAGUGUUAUCAACAGCGGGGGCACGCGAUGUUGAACCUGGACCAGUUAGUAGCCGAGCGCAUAAUGCUAUUAGCGAGCGCGAUUCUGACUUGCCCCCGCUGAAGAGACGAUCACUUGUCACUCCUCAAAAAAUCAUUGGUAUUAGCAAUGUUCAUUCGUCAACUGCAGUACAUGCUCAAUCCGCAGCAGGCAAUGCUGUUGAUCGUGGUGAUGGAUGGAGCAGUAGCCCAAGUCAAACUCCAUCUACCUCUUCAGAAGUACAGCUCUCAGUGCAUCAUCCGAAAAGCACAUCAAAUCCAGGUAUCUUUACUGGAACAUCUGGACAUUCUGGUCCCGGACAGUCAAUGAUGUCACUUGCCGCCCAAGAAAGUCGACAUGGUCGUCCAAGGAAGCUAACCUCUAGAGCUCAAGAAAUGCUGUACACUAUGCAGCGUCAUGAACGUCGUGCAGCAAGUCUUACUACGUGUUCACCUGAAUUAAUACAGGGAAGCGACGAUGAGUCCGAUUCAGACCGACGUGUAUGGUGUUUUUGUCGUGAAAAAGGAUAUGGCUCGAUGGUCGCUUGCGAUGAUCCAUCGUGUCGUUAUGAGUGGUUCCAUUACGGAUGUGUUAACGUCAUUGAAAAGCCAAAAGGAAAAUGGUACUGCCCGGAGUGUGCUCCGAAACAUUCAGGAUCUGAAAUGAUUGGCAUAAGCAAGACGUAA